AUGACCAAGAUUUUUCUCACUGGUGCCACGGGCUACAUUGGCGGCGACGCCUUGGCCGUCCUUACUGCUAAACACCCCGAAUUCUCCUACUCAGCGCUUGUGCGUGGUGCCGAGAAGGCAGAGCAAGUCAAAGCUCAGUAUCCAGCAAUUGAGGUAGUCCUCGGUGAUCUAGAUGAUUCGGCCUUGCUGGAGCGAGAAAGUGCUGCCGCAGACAUUGUCGUGCACACGGCGGAUGCUUCCGACCAUGUGGGAGCUGCAAAGGCGAUCGCCAAGGGCUUAGUGGCGGGACACACCAAAGAGAAACCCGGAUACUGGCUCCACACUGGAGGAACAGGGAUCUUGACAUUCGAGGAUAGCGACAAGAACGAGUUUGGGAACCACAGCGACAAAGUCUACGACGACUGGGAUGGGGUCGACGAGUUGCUCACUCUGCCGGACCAUGCCUUUCAUCGGAAUGUGGACCAGCUCGUGCUGGGCGCCGGUGCAAAGCAUGCGGACGUGCUCAGAACAGCACUCGUGUGCCCGCCGACGAUCUACGGGAGAGGACGGGGCCCGGUCUCCCAGCGCGGCCGACAGGUCUAUGAACUGGCUAAUGUGACCCUCCGACUCCAGAAGGGCCCUAUCAUUGGCGCCGGCCAGUCUAUCUGGAACAACGUCCACGUGCAUGAUUUGAGUGAUGUCUAUGCAUUGCUUGUGGACGCUGCUCUCGCUGGUCGGGUUGAUGAUGGGCUGUGGGGGCCCAGGGCUUACUACUUGACUGAAAAUGGGGAACAUUGCUGGGGAGAGCUGGCGCAAUCUACAGCAGAUGCAGCCACGAAUCUGGGGUACUUGCCUGAGGCGAAGGCUGAGCCCAUUGACUUGGAAAGCGCCAAGCGCUAUGCCGGUUUUGAAUCGCUUAGUUGGGGUAUGAACUCGCGAGGCCGGUCGCGUCGCGCCGGAGAGCUUCUGGGUUGGAAGCCCUCGCGGCCUAGUCUAGUGGACGAGUUGCCAGAGAUUCUUCGAAGUGAAUGGCAACGCUUGCAGAAAUAA